AAUCACAGUAACAAUGUUCAAUAUCUCGUGUCAUGUGAUGUACCGUAGUCUACGUUGCGUACGUACGUAUUAGGAGUACAUAGGAAAGAGGUGUAUUUGUUGAGAUCUUUGAUUUUAAUAUAUAACCUGAAGCUGUAGAUUUCACCCAAAAUGGUUGGUGGUGCUAACUUAAUGGAAAAACUUCCAAAGAUUAAAAAUGUGGAAAAAGAGUCUAUUUAUGGCUAUGUCCAUGCAGUUUCUGGACCAGUUGUUACAGCUGAGAAAAUGUCUGGUGCAGCUAUGUAUGAACUUGUUAGAGUAGGGCAUGAUGAAUUAGUAGGUGAAAUCAUUCGACUGGAGGGAGAAAUGGCUACUAUCCAAGUGUAUGAGGAAACUUCUGGUGUCACUGUAGGAGACCCAGUUUUGAGAACAGGGAAACCACUAUCUGUAGAACUUGGACCUGGAAUUAUGGGUAGCAUCUUUGAUGGUAUACAGCGCCCUCUUUGGACUAUUUGUGAUAUGACUCAGAGUAUCUAUAUUCCCAAAGGAGUAAAUGUCCCUUCUCUUAAUCCUGACAAAAAGUGGGACUUUAUGCCUAUAAAUAUGAAGAUUGGAAGUCACAUCACAGGUGGGGAUAUCUAUGGAAUCGUUCAUGAAAAUACAUUUGUUAAGCACAAAAUAAUGUUACCUCCCAGAGCCAAAGGAACUGUUACUUAUAUAGCUGAACCAGGAAGCUAUGAUGUGUCUGAUGUGGUGUUGGAGACUGAAUUUGAUGGUGAAAAGUCAAAGUUUACCAUGCUACAAGUUUGGCCAGUUCGUUCCAUGAGGCCUGUUACAGAAAAACUAGCUGCUAAUCAUCCUCUUUUGACUGGGCAACGUGUUCUUGAUUCUCUCUUUCCGUGUGUGCAGGGAGGAACGACAGCUAUACCUGGUGCUUUUGGUUGUGGAAAGACUGUGAUCUCCCAGUCACUGUCCAAGUAUUCUAACAGUGAUGUCAUUGUCUAUGUUGGGUGUGGUGAGAGAGGAAAUGAAAUGUCUGAAGUACUGAGAGAUUUUCCAGAAUUAACAGUGGAAAUCGAUGGACAAGUGGAGUCCAUCAUGCAACGAACAGCCCUUGUAGCUAACACAUCCAACAUGCCAGUAGCAGCUAGAGAAGCUUCCAUCUAUACUGGCAUUACUCUUUCUGAAUAUUUCCGUGACAUGGGUUAUAAUGUUUCCAUGAUGGCGGAUUCUACCUCAAGAUGGGCUGAAGCCUUGAGAGAAAUCUCGGGUCGACUUGCAGAAAUGCCUGCAGAUUCUGGUUAUCCUGCUUAUUUGGGAGCUCGUCUUGCUUCUUUUUAUGAAAGAGCUGGUAGAGUGAAAUGUUUAGGAAAUCCAGAAAGAGAAGGGAGUGUUACUAUAGUGGGAGCUGUCUCCCCUCCUGGUGGUGAUUUUUCAGAUCCUGUGACAUCAGCAACUUUGGGUAUUGUUCAGGUGUUUUGGGGCUUAGACAAAAAGCUGGCACAACGAAAACAUUUUCCUUCUAUCAACUGGCUAAUCUCAUACAGCAAGUACACCAGGGCAUUAGAUGAAUUUUAUGAUAAGAAUUAUCCUGAAUUUGUUGCUCUCAGAACAAAAUGCCAGCAGAUUCUUCAAGAAGAAGAAGAUUUAUCUGAAAUUGUACAGCUAGUAGGCAAAGCAUCAUUAGCAGAAACAGACAAGAUUACAUUGGAAGUUGCAAAACUUCUCAAAGAUGACUUUUUGCAACAGAAUGGCUACACCCCGUAUGACAGAUUCUGUCCCUUUUACAAAACUGUGGGAAUGAUGAAGAAUAUGAUAACUUUCUAUGAUUUGGCUAGACAUGCUGUUGAGUCCACAGCUCAGAGUGAGAAUAUCAUUACAUGGGCAGUUAUCAGAGAAGCAUUGGGAGAUAUCUUGUACCAGUUGAGUAGCAUGAAGUUUAAGGAUCCUGUGAAAGAGGGAGAGUCUAAAAUUAAGCAAGACUUUGAGGAACUGCUGGAAAACAUGCAACAGACAUUCAGAAACUUAGAGGACUAAGGACCAUGUACCCUACUAGUUAAGAGAAGCCAGCUGGUCUGAAAUUGUCUCCCCAUUAGUGUAUUCAUGUGUGUGUGAUCAUAGGGACUGUUAAUUGUCAAUUUGAGAACAAUGACAGUUUGUUUCAAUUCUAAUAUUAAUCUUUCUCUGUUUUGUUGGAAAUGUCUCUUCUAGCUGGUUCAGUGAUGCUAAUGCAGAUUAGAAUUUUAUUCCACCAACAAAUCAUUAUUUUUAGGGAAAAAUAAUUUGGUUUUCAUUUUUUUAAAAGUAUAAUUUGCAUAAAAACAAAAUAUUAUUAUUGUAGUUGUAAGUGGUGUUGUAUUCAAACAACCAGUGUUGAAAUUGACUAAAGUUUCUGGUUAUUUAGUCAUACACUUGGAAACAAUGAAUCGGGCUUUGCUGGACAUUAAACAAAAUCUCUAGUUUGAAUAUCCAAUUUGUUAUAACCUGUAUACAAAGUAACCGUAUAUAUUGUGCUGUUUUCCAUGCAGUAAUAUUAUCUCAUGCUCCCAAUGAUUGUUCUUGAUGUGUUAACUUGUGUGUUAAUAAAAUGAACCUUGUAAGAUACAUAAACAAUAAACAAUUUGAAAUUUAAAAGUGAUGAUUCUGUAUUGUAGUAUACAGAUAAUUACAUUCUGGGUUGUUAGUUAUAAUCAAGCAAUAACAGAUUGGUGUAUUUAAUUUUACUUUCAUACAUUUGAAUGCAUACUUGACCGCAAAUUAAAUGUUUAUUGUUGAGAAAUGUAUCUAUGAAGUUCCUUUAUCAAGAGGUUAUUACAUGGUGUUGUAUAGUUAUUGUAAGUGUUCUUGGUUGUAUUUAGGUUAAUUAUCAAUUUGUGUUGAUUGUUGACAUCACUAAACAACUUUAUCAGAACAUCAUAUGAUGCUGGAUAUAAGGUUUAUGUAAAUAUCAAUGAACAUUCCUUAAAGUCUAUGAGGUUUCUAAUGACUUGUGGUCCUUUCCUUACAUCUCUUAGAAAAAAAAAGUUUUUUUUAUAUGUGGAGGGACAAAAAAUUGGAAUCCAUUUUAAACUAAGUAAAAUUAGGUUUAUUUUAACUAAAUUAUGAGACAUUCUUGAAAAACAUGUUGUCAAGCUUGCCAUGAAAGAUUUCUCUGAAUGGAUAUCUUGAUUUUCUUAAUUAGUUAAAGUUAAUUUAAUUAAUAAUUGGUAUUUUUAUCUAUUGUUUUCAAACAUGUUUGCUCAAGAACAAUAUACAUCAGCUGUGUGUCAUUUCACUAAUAGUUCUAUUAUCCAUCUGGUUGAAUACUGGUAUUAUGGAUAUCACUUUGAUUUCCUCUGUUUAAAAUAUUUAAGUUAUUGCCUGGUUGUUUUAUCACACAUUAUAUUUACAUUCAGUAGCUGAUAUUAUGUAGAUAGUAAACAUGUAAAAGUUCAAAAGACUUGAUGUUACAAUUAACAAAUCUAGAUCAAGAAAACAUUGUCGUGUAACAAAAACCAUACAUGAUUAAACAUUCUAUUAUCUCA